AUGUCAGGCUCGCAGCAUACCUUAGAGUUCAUCGAAGAAGAUCCCGGAGCUGACAAACGAAAACGCUCUAGAAAAGCCGUCCGGAGUCAUGUUGCUCGAGGCUAUCACCGUGAACGUAGGGAAACAGAAACGCGGAGAUUUCAGCAAAACCAUCAAAUCAGGCCGUUAAGCCAACAAUUGGUGACCAACCAAUCUAAUGAGUUUAGAAAGCUGUCGGAGAGUGCUCAAGGCUUGUUCCAUGUGAAGCCAGCGCUUGUUUACAAUGAUAAUCUGAUUCCAUACACCUUCUUCUCUAGCAAUGGGCCAAUGCUCGAGCUCCCCUACGGAUCUCAACCCUUCUAUAACGCCACAUCUAGAGAGCAAUACAGCCCAGGAGUGUUUCCACGUCAAUCAAUAUGGAUGCCGAACGCUACUGUUCCAGACAUAGUAAAGAUCAAAGGUCCUAUUCUUGAUCUUGAAGUUGUAGACUGGAUUAGCAACACACCAAACUGCUUCCAAUACCGUGCAGAGACGAUCAGAUGGAUCCACAAGAGGUUGGCAAAUCUUCAAACCGCAAAGGAAGACGACACACUUGGGGCUAUUAUGACGCUUGCGAUGUGGGAAUCUUAUAAAGUGAAGGUCGACCCUACAGACCUCGUAACGCACAUGAACGGGCUUGAACAACUAAUUCGGCUUCGUGGUGGUUUACAUACUAUGCAAUCUAGUCUAGCUCUUAAGCUAGCACAUUUCGACCACAUUAUCGGAGCGGUCACCUUGAGAGAGCCACGCUUUCCCUUGCAUUCGCGUGCUGCUUUCUGCGUGCUGCCAUGGUCGCAAAAAUGCUUCCAUGACUCCCCCUUAAAUGGGUCCACGCCCUUUGCUUUAUUCAUUGCAAACACUGGUGCAGAUGAGAAGAUCGCUGCUCUUCUCACAAGCCUACGGCAACUCACUGGGGAAGCCGAGGCUGGUACACUUUCAGCAAAAGAACUAAAGUUACCCAGUUUCGGAGAUUCUCAAAAUCCUAUAUAUGAUAUCAUAUCAUACGCUUCGCAUAUCUUUCUCCCAGCACUUUAUAGUCCAACACCAGGCGCAAUAUUUUCUAGCGGAUUAUCAGGUUCAUACUUGCAAGCCAUUAGUAGGAAUUUGCAGAGUACAAGCUCUUCCGAAUUUGCAAGUCGUCCUCCUUGUCCCAUUAUACUUCUAGCAGCGCCUAAUGAUUGCUCGCAUUAG